CCAGGCCAGCCUUAUUGCAUUGCUCCAGCCACUUCGCCGCGUCAGCCCCUCACAGGGUCCGCAUUAGACCGCCCGGCCUGCCAGCACUAACCUCAUAGCUCUACGGGCUGAGGUCCGCCAGCAUUAACCGCGCAACAACCUCAGUCUCCACCUCUCCACCACGACUCUCACGGCGCCGCUCCUCCCACCCCCUCACCUCUCCUCCCCUCGGGCCCCGCCAAUUACCUCCCGCCCUCUCUCCUCCGCCCUCUCUCCUCCGCCCUACUGAACAAUGACUUCCAGAGACGCGUCCGAGCUCAAGCAGCAGGGCGCCUUGGAAGCUGCCCAGGACCCCGACUCCAUCGUCACGGCGCAAGCUGCAGAGAACGCGGUGCUGGAAGAGGCAAGGAAGGGCGGCUCUGCGGCGUUCCAGUUCAAUCCAGACGCCUCGCCUGAAGAGAAGGCCGCCCAACUCAAAUCUCACGUGCCGCCUGGAUUCCACCACGAACGCAACCCAAAGGCCACUGCCUUGGUUUCUGAUGUUGACGACGGCAAGCCUUCUGAGUUCGACCUUCCUCCAGCCUCCAAGGCUGCUGCGAUCACGGACGACAAGCCUAUUGCCAACGGACAUGCCAACGGACAUCUGCCAGACGACGAUUCUGCUCGCUGGGAACGCGUGGGUUGGGCCCCCCGGUUUGGCGACCUUGAUAACGGGGACGAUGAGGAGGGCACCAUGCUAGACCACCAGACCUGGCUGGAAGGAAAGCUCGAAGACAAAUUCUUUGGAGACUGGUAUCAUAACACGGGAGUCAUUAUAUUUGCCUGUCUGUCCUCAUGGGUUGUCGCGGUCCUCGGCGGGGGACUGGGAUGGGUCUUCCUGAUCAUGGCCAUCUGCGGAACCUACUAUCGGACUUCCAUCCGCCGGGUUCGUCGCAACUUCCGGGACGACGUCAAUCGCGAGAUGGCCAAGAACAAGCUGGAGACCGACACCGAGAGCUUGGAGUGGAUAAACAGCUUCCUGGUCAAGUUCUGGCCCAUCUAUGCCCCAGUCCUGUGCGACACCAUUGUCGCGUCCGUCGACCAGGUUUUGUCCACCUCUACUCCGGCCUUCCUGGACAGCUUGAGAAUGAAGCAAUUCGUUCUUGGGACCAAGCCUCCGAGACUUGAGCACGUCAAGACAUACCCCAAAGCCCAGGACGAUAUCGUGUUAAUGGACUGGAAAUUCAGCUUUACGCCCAAGGACCACGCCGAUCUCACCUCUCGCCAAAUUAAGAACAAGAUCAACCCCAAGAUUGUUCUCGAGAUCCGGGUUGGCAAGGGUCUAGUAAGCAAAGGUUUGGAUGUUAUUGUCGAAGAUAUGGCAUUCUCGGGCCUCAUGAGAGUAAAGUUCAAGCUUCAAAUCCCAUUCCCUCACGUCGAAAAGGUUGAGAUCUCCUUCCUGGAACGCCCUACCAUCGAUUAUGUCUGCAAACCGCUCGGCGGUGAGACUUUCGGAUUCGACAUCAACUUCAUUCCAGGUCUAGAGAGCUUCAUUGCGGAGCAGAUCCACGCCAAUCUUGGCCCGAUGAUGUACGAUCCCAAUGUGUUCCCCAUCGAAAUUGCGAAGAUGCUUGCCGGCAACCCUGUCGACCAAGCGAUUGGCGUUCUCCAGAUCACUUUCCAUGGCGCUCAAGGCUUGAAGAACCCCGACAAGUUUUCUGGUACCCCUGACCCUUACGCCGUUGUCUCGAUCAACUCAAGAACAGAGCUUGGCAGGACGAAGACAGUUCAUGAGAAUGCCAACCCCCGCUGGAAUGAAACUGUCAAUGUUAUCAUUACGUCACUCAAAGAUGCUCUUACCAUUCAGCUAUACGACUACAAUGAGUACCGCAAAGAUAAGGAGCUAGGAACUGCCACUUUUGCGUUGGAAGCGCUCGAGACUGUUACAGAGCAUGAAAACCAGGCCCUCGAAGUCAUGGCUAACGGUCGAGCUCGUGGCAUUGUCCAAUGCGAUAUUCGAUUCUUCCCCGUUCUCGAGGGUAUGAAAUUGGAAGACGGCACUGAAGAGCCUCCGCCAGAGUCUGCAACUGGAAUUGCCCGUUUCACCGUUGAGCAAGCCAAAGAACUCGAUGGCAGCAAGAGCUUGAUUGGCCAGCUGAACCCGUACGCGGAAUUGAUUCUUAACGGAAAGCUGAUUCACACGUCAAAGAAGCUCAAGCGGACCAACAACCCAAUUUGGCCGGAUGGCUCUAUCGAAAUUCUCAUCACCGAUCGGAAGAAGGCCAAGCUUGGUCUCGUCAUCAAAGACGACCGCGACAUUGCAGCUGACCCUGAAGUCGGCAAGGCUCAGAUCGGUCUCGACGACAUGCUGGAUCUCAUGGCGAAAGGCCACGAAUGGUACAACCUUGCUGGCGUGAAGACAGGUCGGGCGAAGAUGACUCUGCAAUGGAAGCCGGUAGCCAUGAAGGGAGCGGUUGGCGGAUCAGGUGGUUAUGUCACUCCUAUCGGUGUCUUACGCCUUCACUUCCAGAAUGCCCGAAAUCUUCGCAAUGUGGAAACCAUGGGUAAAUCCGAUCCAUAUGUUCGGGUUCUUCUAUCUGGAAUUGAAAAGGGCCGAACGGUUACCUUCAAGAACAACCUCAAUCCAGACUGGGACGAAGUCAUCUACGUCCCGAUGCAUUCUACACGCGAGAAGCUGCUCCUCGAGGUCAUGGACGAGGAGAAUCUUGGAAAGGAUCGGUCUUUGGGUCACAUUGAACUCGCUGCUGCUGACUAUAUUCGCCAAGACGAGGAUGGCCAGUAUCUUGUAAACGAGCAGAAGUCUUUGAGGUCUGAUGGUCUGCGCACUGGGCCACGAGCUCAGCCAAAGGGCACUCUGAACUACACCUGCUCCUUCUACCCCACAUAUCCUACCGUCGAUCCGGAUGACGAAGAGGAACAGGCGGCUCGCAAGAGCGCCGAAGCGUCUCGUCCAGGCACGGCUAUAUCUGGCAAGCCGAGCGUUGAUGGCGCGAGUCUGGAAGAGAAGAAGACGAAACUUGAUCGAAGCUCUACUGUUGGGACCAUUUCUUCUUUGAAGAAGACUACCCCUGCAAGCAGUGAGACUGAUCUUGCGAAGUCAUUGGACAAGGCCGAAGCUGAACAAGAUAUUGUGCCAGUGAAGAAAGAGAUCGCGAAGCUCAGGCUAAAUGCGGAGACGUUGUCGCAGUACGAAUCUGGUCUCAUCGUCUUCAAACUCAUCGAUGGCGAGUUCGCGGCGAAGGACUGUUAUGUCCAGGUGCUUAUGGAUGAUAUGCUGUUCCCGUCGUACCAGUCGAGCAAGAUCCGUUCCAAGAAUCACACUUUUAACGAAGUUGGUGAUGCAAUGGUCCGAGAGCUUGACUUCUCCAAGAUUACUCUUCGUCUCAUGGAGCACCUUGAUAAGAAAGGUGAAGGUGCUGAAGAUCACAUCAUUUCUAAAUUGACAGGUUCUACGCUGGACACGCUUAGGCGCUGUUUGUACACACCUACUCAACUUACGUUGAAAGACCACGACGGGCGGGAGAGCAAGAUCACCGUUAGCUUGAAGUAUCUUCCCAUCAAGAUGAGCCUGGACCCCAGCGAGAGCUUCAAUAAUUCAGGUACCCUCCGUAUCGAUGUUUUGGAUGCUGCAGAUCUACCCGCUGCGGACCGCAACGGCUACAGUGACCCUUAUUGCAAGUUCAAUCUCAACGGAAAGGAAGUGUACAAGACCAAGACACAGAAGAAGACCCUGCACCCUGCGUGGAACGAAUUCUUUGAGGUUCCGGUCCGAUCUCGUACAGCAGCAAACUUCGAGGUUGUAGUGUACGACUGGGAUUUCGGCGACAAGGCGGACUUACUUGGCAAGGCUGCCAUCAACCUCGAGAUUUUAGAGCCCUUCAUGGCGCAAGAAGUCACACUGGGCUUAGACGGUGAGUCUGGCGCCAUCCGACUCAAGAUGCUCUUCAAGCCCGACUACGUCCUCCGCUCUCGCCAGGGCUCCUCCACCUUCUCCGGAACCUUCGCAGCACCCGGCAAAGUCAUCGGCGCUCCCGUCAAGGGUAUCGGCAAGGGCGCUACGCUCGUCGGCGGCGGAGUCGCAAAGGGCGCCUCCUUCAUCGGCCGGGGCUUCCGCCGCCGCAAGUCUACCAGCGUCGAGCACGACGAGCCCGAACGCCUGGGCACACCCAACGGCUCCGUAGACGGCCCGCCCGCUAUCAGCAUCGAGAACAGCGACGGCACGCCGAAUUCGAGCCACCGCCGCGACAAAAGCUGGGGCGCGCAGAGCAUCUCCUCGCACCUCGGCUCUCCGACAGGCGGCGGCGCUGAGCAGGGCGUCGCCUCCCUCAGCGUCCUCUCUGCCUCGGGCUAUCCCGCCGGCACUAACGUCAUCGUGCACAUCAAGCACGAGGGCGCCAAGGGCAGCAAGGUCGUGCACAAGACCAAGCACAUCAAAGCGCCCGAGGGCAACGUCGACUUCGACGGCGAGACGGUCAAGGUGCCGUGCACAGCGGAUGCGCAGUUCAAGCUGCUCGUCAAGAACCACGCCACGUUCGGCGCGGACGACGAGCUCGGGGAGGCGCCCUUCUUCGUCGACGACCAGGGCAGCGGCAGCGAGAAGGCGGUGGCGGUGGGCGCGGGCAAGGUGGUUGUGCGCAGCAGCUUCCAACCCGCGGAUGUGGGGAGUAUCGCGGGCGGCGCGAGCCCGCGGCUGAGCAAGCGGUUCAUGAGUAAGCGGGAUAGUCGGGAGAGGAGUGCAACACCGCAGGGUUGAGAUUGAAAAUGUGUGUUUUGUUGACUUUGUGUGUGUGUUGCAGGGCGGUUGACUCGGCGGCGGUUGACUACGAGGCGGUUGACGACUAGGCGGUUGACGGGUAGGCGGCUGAGUGCGAAGGUGUAAUGGGUGGGUGGGUUAGGCGGACGGGGGACGGGGGACGGCGACUGCAAAAACGGACUUUUUCCUUGUUUAUUCUCUACCCCUGACGAAUUGGGAAAUGGGAGAUUGGGAUGGAGAAAAAUGGAUGAGUGAAGACUCAACGGGUUGGGCACCUCCUUUUUCCUAGUUUCUGCGACAUUCCUGUUGGAUGC